AUGGGUUCAAUUGCUAAACUUAAUAUUUUAAACAAUUUUAAAAAUAAUAAAGGAAUUUUAUCAAUUUUAAGUAGGCUUUUUCUAAAAAUUACACAAAACUCUAAUAGUCAAACCGAAAUUCAAUCGCGAGAAAUCCAUUUAUAUCUCUUCGCUAAAGAACAUUUUUCUAUGGCUUGGAUCUGCUCGAAGUCUGAAAGUAUAGCUCCUUGAAUUUGUAAAAUGCCGAACUGAACUGCUAAUACGCUAUAG